GUUUCCGAUCUCUUUCCAGGUAAUGUAGCCGAUCGCCGAUCAUUUUCUCAAGAUUUAAAACAAAGCAAAGCUCUUAGCUUGGAUCUGAGGUGGAGGAUCGCACCGCAUUUGAUUUCUUCAUUCGUCAUCUCUGCAUCUCAGUGGUGGUUGCAAAUACUCCGUUGGGCCCGCCGAGAUGCUGACCGGCUGCUGCGCGCUCCUGCUGCGCCGGGCGGCGGCCGUGCCGCGGGUGCCUCCGGUGCCGGCCGGCGCCCUCCGGCUGGUGGCCGCCGUCCCGCCGCCGCCGCCGCCGCCUCUGACCCUGCUGCUGUGCCGCUCCGGGCACCGGCUGGCCGUACCGCCGGGCGUCCCCGCGGCGCCCUGCUGUGGACCGCUCUCCUCACCGUCCACCUGCGGCCCGGCGGCCCCUUCACCGGGCCGCUGCGUCCGUCAGUCGGCCCGGCUGUCCACCGCCGUCCGGACGGCAGCCUGCCCGGCCUUCCAGUGGAGGAGUCUCAGCGACCAGCGCUCCCGGGAACACCGAGACGAGCCGGCCCGGGAACACAGAGACGAGCCGGCCCGGGAACACAGCGACCAGCCGCCGCGCAGCAUGGUGGAAGACGUGCGGCGCACCGGGCAGCAGAUGCGCUCCACGGUCCGGCGCAUGGUCUCGCAUGAGAACAUUUACACGGUGCCGAACGCGCUGUGCGUGACGCGGAUCGCGCUGACGCCCGCCAUCGGGUGGCUGGUGGCGGCCGAGGCCUACGAGCCGGCGCUGGCCUGCUUCAUCGUGGCAGGGGUGACCGACCUGCUGGACGGCUGGAUCGCGCGCACAUUCCCCGGACAGUCGUCGCUGCUGGGCAGCUUCCUGGACCCGCUGGCCGACAAGCUGCUGGUGGCCACGCUGUUCCUGUCGCUGACCUACACGGGUCUGAUCCCGCUCGGACUGACGGUGCUGACGGUGGCGCGCGACCUGGGACUGAUCGUCGCCGCCGCCUGGGUGCGGCACCGCUCCGUCCCGCCGCCGGUGACGCUGUCGCGCUACUUUGACCCGACGUUCGCCACCGCCCAGCUGGAGCCCACGUUCAUCAGCAAGGUGAACACGUUCCUACAGAUCACACUGGUGGCCUCGACGCUGGCCGCUCCCGUGCUGGGCUUCGUGGACCACACGGCUCUCAGAGUGCUCUGGUGUGUGACAGCUGGCACCACUGUCACCUCGGGAAUGGUAUACGCCCUGCUACAGAGCUCCACCUACCGACUGCUGGAUAAAGAGGACGCCAAACGGCCGCGCUGACGGCAAAUCCAGCGGCAAACGGCCGCGCUGACGGCAACUACAGACGGCAAACGGCCGCCCUGACGGCAAAUCCAGCGGCAAACGGCCGCCCUGACGGCAACUACAGACGGCAAACGGCCGCCCUGACGGCAGCUGCUGCGGCGAGGGACCGAGGGUUGAGUCAGCCGACGGCGGGGCGGACGGGACGUGAUCUAUAUACUCUGGACGGGACACCCCCGACUCCACUGUAAACGGGAUCGAAACCGACUGAGCAGGACUUAGCGAACUGACAUUCUGGGGGGCUGGCUUAUUGACGCGGCGGAGACUGAUCCUGGCCGACAGACAGACUGAUAGACUGACAGACCGGCUGAUAACCUGGUGGACUGACACAGUGACAGUCUGUCGAAUUGACAAUGUGACAGUCUGUCGAACUGACAAUGUGAGUCUGGUGAACAGACUGACUGACAGAUAGGUAGUCUGGCAGAUUGAUACUGACAGUGACAGACGACUGACGGUCUGGCGAAGUGACGCCGACAGCCUGGCAGUCCGGUCCAACCGCCAAUCCUCCCCAGUUGACGCUCGCCGUCAGACAAGGACAUAAAGAGUCGGAUCACACCGCCGGAAACCCCCUCACAGCCCGGCUGCCGGCGUCGUGACUCGCCCGGCUCCAGGCACAUGACUCAUGGUCAUGAUGUGCAUUCACCCGGUACUGGGGACUGCCGUGCACGGCCCGGCGCGGUGUUCAUUAUGCAUUAUGCAGACGGCCGUGUCGUACAGCUGGGGCAUUCCACGAUAGAUCGUACCACUUUUUUCCAAUUUGACACCCUCAUCUCUCGGAUUUUAACGAUAAUUGGUCUGAGGGGUAAUCAGGGGCUCUGAAUCCUCCUGUAACAAUUUCUGGCUUAUCAGAUGAGUGGUUUUUGAGUUAUAGUGUAUAACAUGUUUUGGAUCUUGCGUUGCAGCCCCAAGUUUGGCGGGCUGUAACUCUAAGACGGAUAAUCCAAAUGCCAAACGCUAUACGGCAUUGAACUUGCAUUGAAACGAAGAAUAAUAUGCAUUUUUAAAGUUUUUGAAAUUUAUAUUAUUUUUGAUAUAUAACACCUCGAGUUUCCUUUCAUUUGCAUUUUUAUGCCUUUGGGACCAAAUUUUUUUGAAUUUUUAUUUACUUAAAAACAUUUUUGGAUCAUUUUUAAGUAGUAUGCAAAAAAUUAGGAAGGUGUUCUUUCUAUAAAUGUACUUAUUUUGCGUCACUGUAAUGGUCUCGAAUUGUGAUAUCGGAAGAGAGCCUACAAAUGGUGUGGUAAAGCUGCCUAGUGACAUCACUGGUUACUGAAAGUUCAAUUGAAGUCAUUUUUGCCUCACUUUUGCAUUGUUGACCUUGCGUGACGUCAUUCGUACGUCACUAGGGUCAUAAGAGUUUUUCGUCAAUAACUCUCGAUCAAAUUGAGCUAGAGAGACGGGAAAGCUACCAAUGGACUCGGAAAGACGUUGCGAAUCGAAUGAUGUGCAAUAUGAUCUCAUUCACCCAGCUUCGUGGCCUGACCGGACUGUUAACCAUCUCUGUGGCGGCGCUGUUUGUCCAGCGCCGCGCUGGUUGGCUUUGCCGCGGACUCGGGGCGGUCACGUGAUGCCCGGCGGCUGGCUGCCGGCUGGGCCGCCCGGUCGGGGAGCGGAGCCAAAUACACGGCAGUGUGCUGACCCGAGGUCAGCGACUUAAGCUGACCUCACCAGAACAAACAGUAUACCAUUGGACGCGCCGGAGCUAGGCAAACACAAAGAUGCUAAAAUCGCGGCUCUGCGACCAUUUGUUGCGAAGUUAUCUAUCAAAAACCGGACCCGUAAUUUGGGUCACUUGAAAUGACCUCAGGGGUCACCAAUGAACCCGAGACCUUAAAAUGUGAUAUCAUUCAAUGCAUCUUGUAACGGCGCACAUGCUCGUUUUUUUCGCAAGGUUCUAGCUCCAUUAGAGGCGAAACGGCGAGCUGGGGUCGUACCGAACCCCCGGAAACCCAUUUGGUAUACAUUUAAAUGAGGAACUUACAGAAAGAACACCUUUCCAAUUUUAUGCAUGUCGAUUUUAAAGGACCUGAGGUUUAUUUUGAAGAAAUAAAAAUGGCAAAAAUUUUGGUCCCAAGGGCCAUUAUAGACAAUUUAAAAAAAAAACUACGACUUUUUUCAAUAUGUAAAGCUUUUCUUUCCAAUAUCAAAAAUACUGUAUUAAUCUUUGAUUCAUCGUUAGUUCAAGGCUGUUUACCGUUUGUUGCUUGCUUAGCUCGUUUUUGAGUUAUAGCUCAUCAAACUCACCCUUACAAUCUGAAGUUUAGAAAAUAUUAUGCAAUGUAACUCAAAAAGUUUUCAUCUGAGAAGUCUGAUAUUUUGGCAGGUGUUUUUGGAGCCUAUGAUUACCCCUUGUACCAAUUUUCAUUCAAAUCUGAGAGAUGAGGAUGACGGGCCUGGUACGAUCUAUCGUGGAAUGCCCCAGCUGCCCGGCGGCUGUGCAAGGGAGCCCGCCGGCCGGCCGGACGCUGACUGCGGCAUGUGUUCGGCGUGAUGGCGACCAGCUGCCGCCCGGGGACCGCCUGGGGACCGCCUGGGGUGCCAGCCGGGAGUCGGCCCUGGCUCAGCGCCGCGGGUUAGAGCCGCCGGCGCCCGAACCCACUACCAGCGUGCCCAAACAGUCCAGCUGUAACGGGUGCAUGGCACGUAGCCUAUAUGCAAGUACGAGCGUUUUGGACGCAUAUUUUCCGCGGCAUCGAUGUUGUGUGCAAUCACCUAUUCUGUACCACGAGCUUGCUGUUUGGAUCGAGAGGGACGGCACCUCCGCGAAUCCCCGGGCCCCGCUAAGUCGUUUUUCUCCUAAUGGGGAGCCAAGUCCACUCAAAUCACAGUGAAGUUGAAUAAUUGAGAGUGCCAUGGGGCUAAUAGUGCAACUGUGAUUUUUACGCAUUGUGCCGAUUGGAAAUAAACAUUUUAUGUC